AUGUGGCUCCUCAGCUUGGCUCAGUGGCUCAGCCUCAGAUGGAUAAUGAUUUUUACUUUCGCAGUCCUCCUCUUGGUCAACCUGCUCAUCAAAAGGGAUCCACCUCACUUUCCACCAGGACCACCGGCUCUUCCUUUUUUUGGGAAUGUAUUCAGCAUCGAAUCUAAGCAGCCUCAUAUUUACCUCACUAAGCUUGCUGAUCUUUAUGGGAACAUUUUCUGCAUACGUCUGGGAAGACACAAAACCGUGUUCUUGUCUGGGUGGAAGAUGGUGAGAGAGGCUUUAGUGAUACAGGCUGAAAACUUUGCGGACCGGCCUUACAGCCCCAUGGUGACCCGGAUUUACUCAGGAAACUCAGGAGGUCUUUUCUUCAGUAAUGGGAAGGUAUGGAGGAGGCAGCGACGCUUUGCUAUGGCCAUGUUGCAUACAUUUGGCAUGUCCAAGGGAUCCAUGGAGGAGAACAUCCGUCAGGAGAGUCGACAUCUACGGGAGGCGAUGGAGAAGGAGGAAGGUAAGCCCUUUGACCCGGUGCCACUCCUGGACAACGCUGUUUCCAACAUAAUCUGCCAGAUCGUGUUUGGGAGAAGAUUUGACUACAGUGACGAGGAGCUGCAGAGCAUGUUGAGAAAUCUGACAGACAUGGCCUACCUUGAAGGUUCAAUAUGGGCUCUACUUUAUGAUGCUUUCCCGGGAUUGAUGAGACUCUUGCCAGGGCCUCACAAUGGGAUUUUUAGCAGCUCUAGGUCUUUAAAGGCAUCAAUCAGGAAAGAAAUAGAAAGACACAAGUUGGAAUUGGAUCCAAACAAACCACGAGAUUAUAUUGACAGCUUCCUUAUCGAGGAAAGACGUGACAGAAAGCAGGACAUGGGCUUUGUAGAAGAAAACCUGGUGCUGUGCUGUCUGGAUCUGUUCUUGGCUGGCAGUGAAACCACUUCAAAGACUCUGCAGUGGGGACUAAUCUACCUUAUAAACAAUCCUCCCAUACAGGAGAAAGUCCAGGAAGAGAUAGACAGAGUGGUUGGACAGAAGCGUCAGCCCACAAUGGCGGACAGAUCUAACAUGCCCUUCACUGAUGCAGUCAUCCACGAGAUCCAGAGGAUGGGAAACAUCGUUCCCCUCAACGGGCUCCGGAUGGCUGCCAGAGACACAACCCUAGGUGGUUACUUCAUACCAAAGGGGACGGCUGUGAUGCCUAACCUGACCUCUGUUCUUUUUGAUAAGAACGAAUGGGAAACUCCUGACAGCUUCAACCCCAAACACUUCCUGGAUGAUGACGGCAGCUUCAGGAGGAGGGACGCCUUCCUACCUUUCUCUGCUGGAAAGCGAGCAUGUCUUGGCGAGGGUCUGGCAAGAAUGGAACUCUUCCUGUUUUUUGUCGGGUUGUUCCAGAAGUUUCACUUUGCUACCCAGGAUGGAGUGGAGCUGAGAUACGAAGGAAUAACCGGAGCCACACGUACACCGUACCCAUUUAAGAUCUUUGCAAAAUCCCGCUUUCCUUUGCAGAACAUAAGAAACGCAAUAUAA